UUGGUGUGGGAUUAUCGCCUGGCCCAUUCACUCCUUCCAACGCAGGUGGCCAGUCCCACAGCCUCCCAUCCCUCACCUCGACGGCGCAUCACUCUACGCUGCCACACCUGCCAUCUAUAAAUACACAUUCCUCCGAUGGGCGAUUGUCAUCCUCGUCGAGUCCCUCAGGGUUCGAUGCAGGGAUGGGUCUCAACUUGGGAUUGUUGUCUUCGAUCUCCCAAAUGGCAAUGGAAACGGCAUCAAUGGCACGUAUAAACAAUUGAAAGACACGAACGAUUCGCGUUUCUUUGAUGUCUGUACAGGCCCGACGUCAAAUGUCGCAUCUUACGGCUAUGGUCACCAGUUUGGAAUAUCCAACCCACGCUCAAAUGGCACAGGAAUUAUUCGCACACACUCCUGAGCCCGCAUCAGAAGCCAGCCGUUCGUUUAUUUUCGGGAAUGGAGAGUCUACGAAAACUCACGUCCCCAUCGAUACCCUUCCGCCAAUGUUAGUUCUCAUCCAUGAUUCUCAAUCAAAUGCCUUUUGCUAUCCGCCAUCUAAUCCACUCUCCGAGAACCAACCCCGAUCACCGGAGUAUAUACCAUUACCCUGUCGUCCUUCAUUCGUAGUCGACCCCUUAUCUCCAUUGUAUAGGCUUUGGCUUCACCUGCUCAUUCUCGGUAUUUAUUGGUAUAUUGGCCUAUCCCUUUCAGAGUUCGAUGCCUUCAAACUACCUUGUUCCGCUUCAUUAUUUUAUGACUUCUCGAAAAAUUGUAUAUUCAAACACCCAUGUGCACACAGUACAUUAAAAGUAGAGAUUUUGAGGUAGCUGAAAUAGAGAACACAUCAGGAACGCGCAUCUUGAACUCGGAAUGAGCCAACAAUCGUCGCAUUAAUGACCAUCAAGCAAAAAAAAGAAGUC